CCAUCUCUCCCUCUGCGGUUCCCGCAGACCCGGGCUGCGGCGACGUCCGGAGACCCCGAGCCGCGGCGCCCGGCAUGCCCUCUCCUGUGAAGGCGUUGGGGCAGGCCAGGCCCUCGGGUGCCAGUAUGGCCCCACAGGCCCGCUGCUGCUCCCCUGCGGCCCUGCAGAGGCGGCUGCCCAUCCUGGCCUGGCUGCCGGACUAUUCGGUGUCAUGGCUGAAGAUGGACGCCAUCGCCGGACUCUCCGUCGGGCUCACGGUCAUCCCGCAGGCGCUGGCCUACGCCGAGGUGGCUGCCCUCCCGCCCCAGUACGGCCUCUACUCUGCCUUCAUGGGAUGCUUCGUGUAUUUCUUCCUGGGCACCUCCCGGGACGUGACCCUGGGCCCGACGGCCAUCAUGUCCCUCCUGGUCUCCUUCUACACUUUCCAUGAGCCUGCCUACGCCGUGCUGCUGGCCUUUCUGUCUGGCUGCAUCCAGUUAGCCAUGGGCUUCCUGCGCUUGGGCUUCUUGCUGGACUUCAUCUCCUGCCCUGUCAUCAAAGGUUUCACGUCUGCUGCCGCCGUCACCAUUGGCUUCGGGCAGAUCAAGAACCUCCUGGGACUGCAGGGUAUCCCCAGACAGUUUUUCCUGCAAGUGUAUCACACCUUCCGCAACAUCGGAGAGACCAGGGUGGGCGAUGCCGUGCUGGGGCUGGUCUGCAUGGUGCUGCUGUUGGUGCUGAAGCUGAUGCGGAACCACGUGCCCCCCGUCCACCCUGAGAUGCCCCCCGGCGUGCGGCUCAGCCACGCGCUGGUCUGGACGGCCACAACAGCUCGCAACGCGCUGGUGGUCUCCUUUGCCGCCCUGGUCGCGUACUCCUUCGAGGUGACUGGAUACCAGCCUUUUGUUCUAACCGGACAGACGGCCGAGGGGCUCCCUCCUGUCCGCCUUCCGCCCUUCUCGGUGACCACGGCCAACGGAACAGUUUCCUUCACCGAGAUGGUACAGGACAUGGGGGCUGGGCUGGCCGUGGUGCCCCUGAUGGGUCUCCUGGAGAGCAUCGCGGUGGCCAAGUCCUUUGCGUCUCAGAAUAAUUACCACGUUGACGCCAACCAGGAGCUGCUGGCCAUCGGCCUGACCAACGUGCUGGGCUCCCUCGUCUCCUCCUACCCGGUCACAGGCAGCUUUGGGCGGACGGCUGUGAACGCUCAGUCGGGGGUGUGCACCCCAGCAGGGGGCCUGGUGACAGGAGUGCUGGUGCUGCUGUCGCUGGACUACCUGACCUCGCUGUUCUACUAUAUCCCCAAGUCCGCCCUGGCCGCCGUCAUCAUCAUGGCCGUGGCUCCGCUGUUCGACGCCGGGAUCUUCGGGACGCUCUGGCGCGUGAAGAGGCUGGACCUGCUGCCCCUCUGCGUGACAUUCCUGCUCUGCUUCUGGGAGGUCCAGUACGGCAUCCUGGCCGGGACCCUGGUGUCCGCUCUGAUCCUCCUGCACUCUGUGGCCAGACCCAAGAUGCAGGUGUCAGAGGGGCCGGUGCUGGUCCUGCAGCCGGCCAGCGGUCUGCACUUCCCGGCCAUCGAGUCCCUCCGGGAGGCGAUACUGAGUCGGACCCUGGAAGCGUCCCCCCCGCGCUGCAUGGUGCUGGACUGUACCCACGUCUGCAGCAUUGACUACACCGUGGUGCUGGGGCUCGGGGACCUCCUGGGAGACUUCCACAGGCACGGCGUCACCCUUGCCUUCGUCGGCCUGCAGGUUCCCGUUGUCCGUGCCCUGCUGUCCGCUGACCUGAAGGGUAUACAAUACUUCUCCACGCUGGAAGAGGCAGAGAAAUACUUGAGUCAGGAACCGGGGACCCAGCCCUACAACAUCAGCGAGGAUUCUGUUCCGGAACACAAGGUCGCCCUGUUGAAGGCCUGAUUGGGGCACCGACGGGCACCUGAUGCUCGGGGCAUCUCGAGGAAGGUUCCUGAUGCCGGGAUUCCGGAUGCCACCCGAUAAACACGCUGAGCUGAGGGCUCUGAGCAGGUGACCCUGGAAGGAGGAGGGAAAACCACACACCAGGAUCCACAGGUGGGACUCUCACUGCCUUUAUUUGGGGUGACUGAAUAUUUAUCUCCCUUCUGAUUCCUGGGCACGCACGUUUUUCUGAAGAGUGGUUUAAAGACAGCCUUCUAGAAUGACGGACCAUGUGAGAAAGAAGGGACGGAUUUCCACCCGGUCCAGGGGAGGGGUCUCCACGCCCCAGCACCUUCCUGGUUACAGGGGACGUUGGGAGUGGGCAGCUCGGAGGUGGGUUCGAGCCUUGGUGGCGGCAUCCGUAUUUGUCGUCGGGGAGAAAGCCAAGGUGUGCCAAAUGAUUUCAAAGUGUCUUGCUAAAAAUAAUUUUGUUGUUGUUGUUGUUUUAAAUUAAAAACGUAGCAGCUUUGGUGUUUUUGUAAAAAUCGGAAACGCUUCUUGUAAAAGCUGCAGGAGACGGUCUCCUGCAUCCACUUUGGCGGUAGUGCAGACCCCAUCUCCGCGGCGUGCGUACGGGUCCGUACGUCAGCAUGUGGGUGCGUGCGUUUACGGUCGUGCGCGGACGGGGUCCUUUCAUACGUGGUGCUCUGUGACCCGUACCUUUGUGCAGUCUUUGCUGUGAAUGACGCGUUGUGGUAAUAAACAGAACCGUGAUUUGCCGUG